AUGAUUUAUCAAUUGUUUAUACUAGAUCGUUUAGUAGGUUUAUGGCUUAAAAUACUAAAUUCAGCCAUUGUGAUGGGACUGUAUUAUGGAUUUCUGACUACAUUCUCCAUAGGGCCAUCUUAUCUCUUCCUUAUUCGAGCCCGGGUUAUGGACAAAGGGACCGAGACGGAAAUAGCAGCAACAACCGGGUUUAUUACGGGACAGCUUAUGAUGUUCAUAUCGAUCUAUUAUGCGCCUUUGCAUUUGGCUUUGAUUAGACCUCAUACAAUCACUGUCCUAACUCUACCGUAUCUUUUCUUUAAUUUCGUAUACAAAAACAACAAACACUAUUAUUCGGCGGAUUCUCACUUUUAUUUGGAUUUGGAUUACGGAUACAAGAAUCCAAAUUCAAUACGUAAAUUUCGUAUUUACAAAGUAUUCUUUAACAAUCUUUUUUUUCAGUUAUCAAACCCCUUGCUUUUCCCAAGUUCAAUCUUACUAAGAUUAAUGAACAUUUAUCUCUUUCGAUCCAACAAUAAAUUGUUAUUCUUAACAAGUAGUUUUCUUGGUUGGUUAAUUGGUCAUAUCUUUUUGAUGAAAUGUAUUGGAUUGAUAUUAUUAGUUUGGUCAAAGCAAAAAAAUUCGAUCAAAUCUAAGUUAACUAUGCGAUUUGAUAAGUACAUUCUAUUACAAUUGCGAAAUUAUGUGGGUCAAAUAUUUGUUGUUUUUUCAUUUGUUAUCGUUGUCCACUAUUUAGGCAGAACACCGGUUCCAUAUUUAUAUACUUAUACUGAUGAAAUCUUAGAAUACGACGAGAAACAAAAGGAUGAAAUCAAUGGUGAAACAGAAAUCGAUGUUGAAAUAGAUUCGGAACAAGAACAAAACGGCUCCAUCGAAGACGAAGAAGAUAUUCUUUCUUAUCUUUUUCCGAAAAAAGAUAAGACUUUGGAGAACAUUGAGCAAGAUAAUAAUCUCUUGGCAUUGGAAAAACCUCUUAACAUGAACAAAAAGAAAUGUACUGGAAUAAACGAAAUCAGUAAACAAGUUCCUCGAUGGUCAUACGAGUUAAUCGACGAAUUGGAGCAAAUGACGGAAAGACUAACAAAAGAGUUUCAGAUUCGUUCCGCAAAAGCCGAACGUAUGGUAAUUUUUAAUGGGAAUACAGAUUCACUGACUUUGAAUAUUGGUCCUAGAAAUGACAAUGACGCUAUUCCUGAAGUGGACCUAAAUCACGAAUUUUUUCUAGUAAAUUUUUUACGCGAACCAGAUUUUGAUCGAGAUAUAAUUAAGGGAUCUAUGCGCCCUCUAAGGCGUAAAAUAGCGACAACGAAACUUUCUCAAGGAAAUGCACAGCCCCAUUCCCCCAUUUUUUUGGAGAUGAUAGACCCAUUAUAUUUUAUUUUUGGUGAUCUUUUCGAUGAUCUAUCCCAAAUUUUCAAAGAAAUGUUCAGGAAACCUGGUACUGACAAUUCAGAAUUUGUGGAGUUUCAGGAAAGGCUCGAACACAAAUACGAAGAGGACGCCAAAGACGACGCUGAAAUAAGACGUCUAAAAAUAGAAGAAGACUGGGAAAAAGAUUUUAGGGAUUGGAGCAGGGAAGUUCAUAUUAAAUGCACCUAUCAGGGCAUUCCAGUAUCCGACAAAGAAUUGCCAAAAAACUGGUUCGACGAGGGUAUUCAGAUAAGGAUCUUAAACCCUUUUGUUCUGAAAGCUUGGCACAAAUCUAAGGUUAUGGAACACUAG